AUGAAAAACAAAGAGGGACCGAAAGCUCUAGGUAGUCGACCUGAACCUGUUGGAGCUAGUAACUGUCUGGCCGAUAAAAUUUUCGUCAUUUCUGGACAGUACGAAACUUUGACCAGGGACCAGACCAAAACGAUCGUCAUGCGAUAUGGUGGCAAAGUAACAUCAGCAGUUAGUGGAAAGACGAAUUAUUUGCUAUUAGGAAGAGACGCUGGCGAGUCCAAGACAGCAAAGGCUAAAUCUUUGGGUACUGGUAUUCUUGACGAGGACGCGUUUUACAAUCUUGUGGAAUCAUCUGCACCUCAAAAGGUAGAAUAUGCACCACCACCCAAACCUGCUAAAGGAAAGGAAAGUGAUACUGUCAACAAUAUCCCUUUAAAAGAUGGCCCGGCUACUCAAACAUGGACCGAGAAAUAUAAACCUACAAGUGUCAAAGAAAUUUUGGGAAACAAAGAAACUGUAAAGAAAAUUGACGAAUGGCUUGCCAAUUGGCAAACAAAUUACUCCAAAGGAUUUGAAGGCGAAGGGGACGACAUGACUAACUGGCGCUCUAUUCUUUUAAGCGGUCCACCUGGUAUUGGUAAAACAACCACCGCCGGUGUUGUUGCCAGAAACAACGGAUACGAACCUCUGGAAUUUAAUGCAAGUGAUGUACGCAGCAAGAAAGUAUUAGAAGCGAGCAUUUCUGAAAUGAUCGAUAACCGUACGAUGACCGAAUAUUUCCAACCAAAAACUGAAAGUGCGAAGGCAAUUCAACCCAAGAUAUUGCAAGGUAAAAAAGUCGUCUUGAUUAUGGAUGAGGUAGAUGGUAUGUCUGGUGGUGAUCGUGGCGGUGCUGCUGAAUUGGCAUCAUUGAUCAGAAAGAGUAAAAUUCCCGUCAUUUGCAUCUGUAAUGAUUCAAGAUCACCCAAAGUUGCUCCCCUUUUGAAAGUUUGUUAUGAGGCAAAAUACAGAAGAACCCCCGCUGCACAAAUUCGUUCAAGAAUUCUUUCAAUCGCCUAUAGAGAAAAACUCAAAAUCACACCUAACGCUGUAGACGAAUUAGUUCAAGCAACUCAUAAUGAUAUUCGCCAGAUUAUCAAUAUUCUUUCUACAUAUCGAUUAAACCAAGAUGCUAUGGACUUUGAUCAAGCUAAAAAAGUUGGAAAAACAAAUCAAAAAUCUUCUGUUCUUGGUUUGUUUGAAAUUCCAGGUGAACUUCUGAGUGCAGACGCUUGGAGAUCCAAAACUUUAAACGAGAAAGCCAACAUCUAUUUUCAUGAUUACAGCCUUGCUCACUUAAUUAUCUUUGAAAACUAUCUGAAGUGUAAACCAGAAAGAGCUCGUGCAAGAUCAGGGAAUCCUAUUGAAGAAGCAUGCAACGAAAUGGAUUUGAUUGCAAAAGCAGCAGAUGCCAUGGCUGAUGGUGACGUAGUUGAUAGUUUGAUUCACGGUUCCGUUCAACAAUACUCUCUUAUGCCUGUCCAUUCGAUGUUCUCCUGCGUGCGACCCGCAUCUUUCAUGCGCGGUGCAAUCACUUCACGUAUUAUGUUCCCUUCAUGGCUUGGCCAAAACUCGAAGGCAGGAAAGUAUGCUAGAGCCUUAGCUGAUAUUCAAACACGUAUGAGAUUAAGAGCAUCUGGAGAUAAAUAUGAGAUUCGACAAAACUACAUCCCCACAUUAAAUUCACGUAUUUUUGGAGAACUUUUAAAGGAAAAUCUUGACGAAACCAUGGAUUAUAUGGACCACUAUUACCUUGAUCGCGAAAAUUUGGAUAUACUUAGCGAGUUGACAUUCUUAGCACCAAAAGAAAAGGCACCUUUCGCAUCGCUGCCAACCAAGGUCAAAACAGCAUUUACCAGACAGUACAAUUCUAAAAACCACCCUAUUUUAUUCCAAUUGAGUGGAAAUCCAAUUAAAAAGGUAGCUUCGGGACCUAAAGAAGAUAUUGAGAGCACAGUGGUUGCAGAGGAUGAUUCCGCUUAUGUAGAGGAGGAGGAGCUAGACAAAGCUGACGAUCCUGAAUUGGACAUCCAAAACAUCAAGUAUAUCAAAGAAAGCACAAAGAAGAGAAAAAAUACAGCCACUGCAUCUGGAAGUAGUAGCAAGAAGUUAAAGUCUAAAAAAUGA